CUCCUGCAUCUAAAAAUGAAAAGCAAACCUUUGAUAAUUCAGAGGAGAAAAUGAAUGCAGAAAAUGCACCAUCAGAUACUGAAAGUAAAGAAGAUAGCAAUGGUGCAACAGUUUCAUGUGGUAAAAAUCUGACAACUGAAGAAAACGUGAGGAAAGUUAAAGUUGGAAAUGAUGAAUUGUCAUUGGAAGAAAAUUGGUUAAAUAAUGUCGUUAGUGGUGAUGAUCCUGAUGGUGAAUCUUUUGAAGCGCUGUUUUCCAAAUUUGCUAGUAUGAAAGAACGAGCUGAAGGAUUAACUGGAGAUUCAAGAAAAAAAUAUGCAGAAGAGGUGGCUAUUGCAUUUUGGAAAGCAAUGGGAGGAGAUGAAGACGAAAUUGAAGGUUUAGAUGAUUAGAUUAAAGCUGGAAAAUAAGUUCUUCAUUCAUUGUGCAUUAUUUAUAAAAUAAAAUAUCAUUAUCAUUGUUUC